AUGCAAGGUCUCAGCUCCAAGGCGCACGCCUUUUCCGUCGAAGCGCUGGUGGGGAGACCCUGCAAGAGGAUGAAAAUGUCAGACGCUGACGCUGACGCGAGCAUCUUUGCCGGAUCAGCAGCGUGUCCGCUCGCCCAGACGAAGCAGGUGGAUUUACAGGUCACGGAGGCCGAGGCGGCCGGGUUACCGAGCAAGCCCAAAGAAAGCGAGUGCAGUCCGGAUAGAGAGGUCCGGGUCGAGCUGCAGGGCUCGGAACUCUGGAAGAGAUUCUUUGAGAUCGGCACGGAAAUGAUCAUCACCAAAGCUGGAAGGAGAAUGUUCCCAUCCGUUCGUGUCAAAGUGCGGAAUCUGGACCCAUGCCAGCAGUAUUACAUCGCAAUGGACGUCAUGCCCGUAGACUCUAAACGUUAUAGGUACGUUUACCACAGCUCGCAGUGGAUGGUGGCAGGAAACACAGACCACUCGUGCAUCUCACCGCGGCUCUACGUGCACGCAGACUCACCGUGCGCCGGAGAGACGUGGAUGCGUCAGGUGAUCAGCUUUGACCGAGUUAAACUCACCAACAACGAGAUGGACGACAAGGGGCAUAUAAUUCUACAGUCUAUGCAUAAGUACAAGCCACGCGUGCACAUCAUCCAGCAUGACACAAGGAUGGACUUGUCCCAGAUCCAGUCGCUGCCUGCUGAGGGAGUGUUCAGCUUCUCCUUCCCAGAAACCGAGUUCACCACCGUCACAGCCUAUCAGAAUCAACAGAUCACCAAAUUGAAGAUUGACAGGAACCCGUUUGCCAAGGGCUUCAGGGAUCCAGGAAGGAAUAGGGGAGUGUUGGAUGGUUUACUGGAGUCUUAUCCUUGGAGAAGCCCUCUCAGCAUGGAGUUCAAGCCAUUUGCCAUACAGCUUCAAGGCAGCCUGGGGUCCCCAACCAGCGCCACUUCCCCACUGAAGAGUUUCUUUCCCCUCUCAUCGUCAUCAUCCCUUCUUUCAUUCUCAACACUCUCCUGCCAGGACGCCGCUCUUCAAACUCUAGCGCUUCCUUUCUACGGAAAAGCUUCGACCAACCCCGCAUUGCCCAGCAGAGCCUUUUCCUCACUGGGAGCAGACAGACUCAGAGGCUUGCCAGUGUCCCCACUAACAGACCCCCCGCUCUUCUCUAUGCUGCAGGGAAAGAAACGGGAUCCGGGUCUUUCUCGAUCGAGCCCUCCCUGCUUGAUCCCCCUCCCCGGCCCGCUCAGCCCUCAAGGAUCCGCUUCCUCUCUACUGCCUCAUCUAUCAGAAAGUGCUGGCCCAUAUUGUCUUUACCGCUAUAGCUUCCCCUUGAACCCUCAACUCACAACUAUUUCCCGACACAGCAAACUAGCUGAAGACAACACAGAGGCCCUACUGCGGCAACCUUCAUGGCAUCUGGCCACCAACCACCGUCUCUGA